UAAUAGAAUCAAUUCAAGGAUAGCUGGAUUUAAUAAUUUUGAAUAAAAUGACAUCUUUUGUGACAAUACCUACAAAUACAAAAAGUAGGUUUUCCCAACUUAGAGGUGUCCGACAAGGUAGUGUUAUUGAUUUGGAUAUUGAUAUGUUCCUGAAAAUUUCAAAUUAUGAAGAUACUGUACGACAACUGGAUAUCUAUUAUGGAAUUGUUAAGAGACAAUUGUUGCGUUACCAGAGUAUUAUAACUGGGUUAUUUCCACAAAUUUCAAACGACAAAGUAGUAGGAAGUGUGCGUGAAAGUAUUUAUUGUGCCGCUGCUAUAUGGAGUUUGUACCAAGCAUAUAGACGUAUAGACGAUGAUCGUGGAAAAUCAUAUGAACUUGGUCAGUCAGCUGUAAAAUGCAUGCGUGGGAUUCUAGAAUGUUGGGUAAAGCAAUCUUCAAGAAUAGAACUAUUUAAACGCAAUCAGUGUAAUCGAUUUGCGCUGCAUUGUAAAUUCCACUUAGAUACCGGUGAUGAGAUUUUCAGUGACAUUGCUUAUAAUCAUUUACAAAUUGAUAUUGUUUCUCUUUAUUUGAUAUUUUUGGUACAAAUGAUUUCUUCGGGACUGCAAAUUAUAUAUACUCAAGAUGAAGUGGCUUUUAUACAAAACCUUGUAUAUUAUGUGGAAAGAGCAUAUCGCACACCAGACUAUGGCAUGUGGGAACGUGGUAGUAGAUAUAAUGAUGGUACACCUGAAAUUCAUGCAAGUUCCAUUGGUAUAGCAAAAAGUGCUCUUGAAGCAAUUAAUGGGUGCAAUUUAUUUGGAGAAAAAGGAGCUUCUUGGUCAGUUGUAUAUGUUGAUAUCGAUGCUCACAAUCGAAAUCGUAGCAUUUUUGAAACAAUGCUUCCAAGAGAAUCAAGUUCUAAGAGUGUAGAUGCGGCUUUAUUGCCAACAAUAUCUUUUCCUGCAUUUGCUACUCACGAAGAGGUAUUAUACAAUGAGACAAAGACAAACAUAGUUGGAAGAUUGAAAGGCAAUUAUGGUUUUAAGAGAUUCGGAAGGGACGGAUAUAAAACAAUUUUAGAAAGCAAAGAUCGUCGUUAUUACAAGUCUGGUGAAAUCAAGGAAUUCGAUAACAUAGAGUGCGAAUGGCCCCUAUUUUAUAUUUUUAUGAUCAUAGACGGUGUUUUUAAAACCUUACCAGAUCAAGUUGAAGAAUAUCAGAAUUUGUUGAAAGAACGAAUACAUAAAGAUAUUAAUGGAGAUCCUGUAAUACCUAUGUAUUACUAUGGAAGUGGACAAAGAGGUUAUACAGAUUCCGAGCCUACACCAAUUUAUUUAUGGAAUCAAGCCAUGUUUGUAAUUGCACAAUUACUUACGGCUGGUCUGUUACAUAUUAAUGAAUUAGAUCCAAUCAGACGGUAUCUUCCUUCAUACAAUAGACCACGAAAGGCUGGAAGAUAUUCAGCUUUUCAGGUAAGUAAAAAUAAUCUUGUAGUACAAAUCGUUCUAAUUGCUGAGUCUAUGCGACUGCAAGCUAUGAUGGCAACAUAUGGUAUACAAACACAAACUCCGCACGAGGUAGAACCUGUCCAAAUAUUAUCAUCUAUGCAGUUGGUAAAAGUUUAUGAAAAACUAGGUGUAAACAGUAAACUAAAUUUACAAGGUCGUCCAGCUAGACCAAUUGGAUCUCUAGGUACCAGUAAGGUUUAUAGAGUAUGUGGAAUGACAGUGCUUUGUUAUCCUCUGAUAUUUGAAGUAUCAGAAUUUUAUUUGUAUAGAGAUAUGGCUUUAUUAAUUGAUGAUAUUAAAACUGAACUUCAAUUUGUGGGUAAAUAUUGGCGACUUUCAGGUCGACCUACAGUAUGUUUAUUGAUACGGGAAGAGCAUAUGAGAGAUCCACAAUUCAAAGAAAUGCUUGAUCUCUUUGCAAUGCUGAAAAAAGGUUAUUGUGAUAAAACAAAAGUACGAAUUGGUCGAUUACAAAAUCUCAUUUCAUCUUCAUGUAUUGAACAUUUGGAUUUUAUAAAUACUAUAGAAACGGAUCUUGAGCUAACUCAGUUCAGACAAUUAGAACAUGAUUAUAUUGGAUAUCAAAGUCUUACAGAUGUACCUAAAGCUUUAACUUACGCUGACGAUAUAAGAGAUUAUUCUUAUUACAUGAAUGAACCAUUGUACAAUAUAUUAACGGAAAUUCGUAAUAAUAAAAGUCUUUAUGCUCUAUGCCAACUUUAUGGAAUUUUAUUAAAACGAGAGGGUAUUAAAUAUGAAUUUAAUGAAAUAACAGUGGGUGAUCAUUUAAAAUCGUUGUAUCAACAAGCAGGCUGCCUUAGGUACUGGACAGUUGUUCGUUAUUGCAGCAGCUUAUUGAAUCACACUGUUGAUAGUAUUAGUCCUUUUAUAACAGGAGUUCUUGUUAAAGGGAAACAGAUAACAGUUGGAGUCAUUGGACAGGAAGAAACAGUUUUUGAUAAACCAAUGACACCAGCAGAAAUUCAGUCGGUUGUAUAUUCUACUAUUCAGCCACAUAACGUAGUACAAGCUGUACUUCAACAAGAAGUUUUAUUAUACUGUGGUAGACUUAUUGGUAGAAAUCCAGAAAUGUUUAAAGGAAUAUUGAAAAUUCGUAUUGGAUGGGUUUUAGAGGCAAUAAAGCUUUAUUUACAAAUGUUUGUUAAGAAUCCUAAACCAAUCGAGAAUUAUAGUCCUUUCGAAAUUCGCCGAUUUUUAAUAAAAGUACUGACGGUUAAAGAUUGGGCAACCACUAAAAGACUUACAGUUUUGGGACGCAGAAGAAUUGAAGGUUGUCUAUGUAGAGUACCUGCACAUUUUUAUAAUCAUGUCUGGGAAGUAUUGUUGCGCUGUCCAGGUGGCAUUUGCGUUAAUGAACAAGAAUUACCCCAACAACCCACUCUGUCUAAUAUGACUCGUUCUGAAUUGACGUUUGCAUUACUCGUAGAGUCAUUGCUUCAUCACAUACAGUUACCAGAGUAUCGUCAAAUUAUUGUAGAGUUACUCACUAUAGUGUCGACAAUUUUACUUCGAAAUCCAGAAUUGAGUUUUCAAAAGCAAUUGAAUCUUAAUGAACUUGUUGAAGACAGUUUUCAAAUGUACUGUAAGGAUCAUAAUAUAGAGAAAACUAAUGAUCAAUCUCCAUUUUUUUCUGCUGAUUAUUCAUUAACUACUGGAUACCUUGCCAGAUCUGUGGUUAAUAAUGUGCUCACUGGAGGAUGUUUUGCGACUAUUCAUGAUAUCAAUGACACAAUUGAAAAUAAGGAAACAUGCAAGAUUACAUAGUGAUGUAAAAGUGUUGCAUUAAGAAAGGAGACAUUGUAAAUGUGUUAAAAACAUAUAUUUAUAUACGAAUAGUUCCGUAUUUUCCGAGUAUGUGUAUUUCUUCAAUAGAAGAGAG